CAUCCAUCCCGCCGCCGCCACUCUCGUCCUCGGAUUCCUCACCAAACCAAUCCCUGCAUCCCUCCCGAUCCAAACCACCGGCCUCCUUCUCGAAACCACCGCCGCCUCCACCUUCUCCUCCUCUGUCUCCGGGACGAGUCCGGCCGCCGGCAGUCGCUUUCGUCCGAGGCCACAGGAGUCCUAUCACUGCUUCCCUUCCCGUGUUUCUCUCCUUCUCUACGGCUUCUCUGAAUAUUUUCCUCGCAGAAUCCCCACGCCAUGGAUGCGCCCCACCGAAGCUUGAACCUCUGUAGCCGCCAUGCCCGACGCCUCCCAAGGAGCUCCUUGCAGCCUUCCGUCCACGGCGUCUCGUGCUGGACCUCGCCGGACCACUUCAUCGACGUCGCCAUCCCCUGCCUUGCCAUCCCCUGUCGCGGCCUCCCCUGCUUCGGCCUUGCCGUCGAGCCGAGCCCCCGCAUGUCCCCGUCUGAUUCUGGCUGGGUCCCCGCCGAGGCCGGCUUGCCGGAGUUCCAGCCAGUGCACCUCCUCCAGGCUUCGUCUCCAGCCGUGCCGUGCUUCACCUCGAACCUCUGCAUCGUGGCCGCGUUGACCCUUCCCCGAUUGAUCCAAGGCAGACCGGCCCAGCGCGCCUCCUCCCGUGCCAGACCACAAUCGGCCUGCCCGGCCUCCUCCCACCGAACUGGGCUUGGCCCAUCUAGGUGAGCGCUAGCCCCUCCUCUCUGCUGGGCCGCCAACCAGAUCCGGCCCAUAUCCUGUUUUUUUACAUAGAACGUUUUUUUUCUAUUAUCCCGAGACAGCAGUUUUGCAGUUUAGCCCCUAAACUCCAUGCAUAUAACAACUCAUUAACAGUGCAUCAUAUGUAAAAACUUUAUAUAUGAAACUUGCUCAGAAUUUUGUGUAGGUUAAUAAUUUGCAACUUUCAUCCAUGUCUAAAAUGUUUAAAAUGAUGUUUGUUUAAA